AUGCGGUUUUCAUUCGCGAAGCCGCUCCUCGUGCUGGGCGCGCUCGCGUCCUAUGUCACCACACCCGUUAUGGCCGCUGAGCAGAUGCUCGUCUCCAAGUCGCUCAACACCUGCCAGGAUGACUCGAGUUUCACGGCCAGUUUGUUCAACGUCGUCUUCACGCCUAACAACGGAAGUGCGGCCAUCAACAUUGUCGCCGUCUCCUCCGUCCAGGGCAGCAUCGUCUUCGACGUUGCCAUUUCCGUCUACGGUUACGAAUUCAUGAGACGCACUGUCAACCCCUGCGAUAUCAACCUCGCUGGUCUCUGCCCCAUGACUGCUGGAAAGAUCACCAUGAACUUCAACCUCCCCGUCGGCGGAGAUGCCGUCAGCCAGAUUCCCGGAAUUGCUUACAACAUCCCCGAUCUCGAUGCCACCGUCAAGGUCUACGUCAACAUGACCGACACCAAGGAGAGUGUUGCUUGCGUCGAGGCUGACAUUUCCAACGGAAAGACUGUCGACUUGAUCGGUGUGAAGUGGGCUACCGCCAUCAUCGCUGGCCUCGGUUUGAUUGCCUCCGCCGUUGUGUCGGGUCUCGGCCACUCCAACACUGCCGCUCACGUUGCCGCCAACACCCUUUCCCUCUUCGGCUACUUCCAGUCUCAGGCCAUUGUGGGUCUUACCGGCAUUCACCUGCCUCCCAUUGUCCAAUCGUGGACUCAGGACUUUGUGUGGUCCAUGGGUAUUAUCCGCGUCCAGUUCAUGCAGGACAUCUUCACCUGGUACCAACGAGCCACCGGCGGAACCCCGGCCACUCUGCUCAACUCUUUGACGACCACCUCCGUUCAAGUAGAGAAGCGUUCCAUGGAUUGGGCCAUGUCUGCCGCCAGAAUGGCCAAGCGUGGCAUUGAUGCCGGCAUGUCCCACAUUGCCAGAAGAGCGAACAUCCAGCUUUCGUCUGGUAGCUACAUCGUCUUCGGCAUUCAGCGAGUUGCUUUCAGGGCCAAGAUCGAGUCGACCAACCUGUUCAUGACUGGUUUGGCCUUCUUCUGCAUCUUCGUCAUCUUCACCGUUCUUGGUGUUGCCGCCUUCAAGGGAUACUGCGAGUUGGCUGUUCGACAGAAGUGGAUGAAGAGCGAGAAGUUCCUCGAGUUCCGCAAUGGCUGGUUCACCGUCUUGAAGGGCAUUCUCUUCCGCAUGACCCUGAUUGGUUUCCCCCAGAUGACGAUUCUCUGCCUCUGGGAGUUCACUCAGGUUGACUCCGCCGCCGAGGUUGUACUUGCCAUUUUCUUCCUCUUCGGUAUGGCUCUGACGCUCGGCUGGGCCGCCGCUAAGGUCGUCCGCAUCGCUCGCCGUUCCGUUGCCAUGCACCGCAACCCGGCCUACAUCCUCUUUUCCGACCCUCAGGCGCUCAACAAGUGGGGAUUCCUCUACGUGCAGUUCCGCGCUUCGGCUUACUACUUCAUCAUCCCCGUUCUUGGCUACACUGUUGUCAAGGGCAUGUUCGUCGCGUUUGCUCAGCGCAGCGGUACCGUUCAGGCCGUGGCCUUCGUCAUCAUUGAGGCCGGAGCUCUGAUCGCUGCUAGCGUUCUCCGCCCCUGGAUGGACAAGAGCACUAACUCGUUCAACAUCGCUAUUUGCGUCAUGAACUUCCUGAACUCGAUCUUCCUACUCAUCUUCUCCAACGUCUUCGGCGCCCCGGCUCUGGUUAACGGUAUUGUUGGUGUUGUCCUGUUCAUCGCCAACGCGGCCUUUUCUCUGAUCCUCCUGCUUCUGGUCAUCGUUAGCAGCACACUCAUCUUCUUCCGCAAGAACCCUGAUGCUCGCUACCAGUUCAUGGCCGACGACCGCGCGUCUUUCAUGAAGUCGCAGACUCAGUUGAACACCACGACCGAGCUGGAUGCUUUGGCCGCCACCGCCAGAGGUGACAAGGCUCACUACAACAAGGGACUCGACCUCGACGACGACAACGACUCCAUCUCGUCCGAGUCUAUGCGCCGCCGUGCCGACCCGUCGGCCGUUGCCCUGCCGCCUUCCACUGCGCAGUCUCACAACUCGCAGUCUCAGCACUCUCUUCACCGCAACGCCGGCCACGGCCAGCCGCACCAGCCGCAUGGACAACACUCUCCGGUAGACCCAUCAGUGCCCCUCUUCCCAGCCAACGCCGGCCCCUACGGCCAGCCUCCUACGCGCACACCGAGCCCUUACAACGGCUCCGGAUCGACACUGGCGGCCAACCAGUACAGGCAACAACACAAUGCCAGCCCAGCUCAAUAUAGGCAACAGAAUAACGCUAGCCCUUGGCAGCGUGGUGCUGGAUACGAACACUAG